AUGCGUGCCACCAGUCCCCUUGGUAAAGGUUUCUCGACUGAACAAAUCAAACGACUGGAAGAUUCGCCUGAAGGUGACUUCCUUCGCCGCUUUCCGAGCUUUCAAGCGGAUGCAAUGAAGCAUAGCUUCGCUAUUGUUGACGCAUUGUUUGGAAUAGCCACGAAGAACGUCACUCCCGCUCAACUCAGCACCGCAUGGGUUAGUGUGCUCGGGCCACACGUCAUCCCUCUACCUGAUUCAUCGCAUGCCAAGCGCACACUUGAAAUUGCGCCGGAGCCUGAGACAUGGAGUUGA